AUGGGGGAAGCAGGGGGCGCGGAGGGGGCAGGGGGUGCGGGGCUGGAAAGGGCAGACGAAGGGGGGAUGGGGGCUCUAGGCGCAGAUGGUGCAGGAGCAGCGGGGGGAGGGGCGGUGGAGAUGGGGGGAUUCGCGGAAGGAGGGGUCGGGAUGGGAGGAGAGGAUGGAAUGGGGGGCAUGGGGGCCGGGGGAAUGUUGAAGCUGGAACCAGGGGAGGGGAUGGACGGGGAGGAUGGGGAGAAUUUGGAAUUAGAUGUGGGAAUGGAGGAGGGGGGUGGAGAGGAGGCGUUGGGAGGAGGGGCAGGAGGAGGAGGAGGAGAAAGAGGGGGAGGGGGAGAGGGAGGGGGCGGAGGCGAAGGGGGGACAGGAAGGGCGGGGGCAAGUGAGAAUGAUGACAUGGCAGGGGUGGGCGGCUCUGCUGAGCUGGACAGCGACGGGAGUGACAUGGCAUUUCCAGGGGCAGGGAUGCAUGGCACAGGGGCACAGGACAGCACAGGCGUGCAUGAUAGCACAACCGCACAACAACAACCCUCUGCUGCUGUUCCCAGGGAAAUCGCCCUGGGGUCGCUGGGGCACCUUCCAAGAAACUUCAGCCUCUCUGACUUGACUGCCGAUUUCCCCGGGCCCCAAAGCGAAGGCGGCCACAUGCUAGGGCUACUGCCGGGCUCACCUCCUUUCAUGAAUGCCGAUGAUGCAGAUUUCCUCAGACCACCCGACAAAGAUGCGCACGUGAAGCUUGAGGGCUCUGUCUGA